AUGGCCUCUGGAGGAAUAAUUGUAACGCCAUGCCAUAAGCAGAGUCCAGCCAAGCCAGCCAUUAUUGUCCCAACGAUACUGACUCUGAACAUGAGCAGGAAGAUUGUCUUACACAAGACGAUGUCAGGAGUGACUUUGAAGACGAGAUGGUGGACUGCCAAGAAAAUUCAAAUACGGAUAAUAAAUAGAGAAGAAAGCCCCGAGAACCCUCACUCUUCUUCGGAAUCGGCUAAUAUCCAGGUCACAUAA